AUCAAUCCAAUAAUUUCCCAUUGUUUACCGCUCCCACCCAUUGUUUUCCCUGCAAAUCCGAAUGCGAUCUACUCUUCCCCGAAAUUUUCUUUGCUUAUCCUUUCGUCUUUAGACAUUCUUCACCGUUUCUUCAUUCAUUCAUAUCCACAGGUUUGUGUUAGAUCUAAUUUCUGCCAAUUCUCCAUUGGAAUCCAUGCUCUUCCUCCUGCAAAUUCCGAAUCUUUUGUAAAUCUGUUAAAGAUCGGAACUUUGGGAUCUAUUACAAGGUUUUCCAAUCUGGGUUUCGCCCGAAGUGGCGGGAUUUGACAAGAGAAAGAUUGAAUGUCCGCGAGAUUCUUAGGGUGGUUGGAUCAAAGGGUUGGUAUGAAGCCGGUGAGCGUGAAUGUAGGGGUUCUCCACUAUCUGUUGGACCAUGUCUAUGGAGCAUUUGUGCACAGAACGAAGAUUAGCCCUCCUUUCUUCUCAAGAGGGUGGGGCGGGCCAAAGCUUGACCUUCUUGAAAGUGUGAUAAAGCAGCUGUGGCAUGGUGUGGAAGGGCAGAACUGUCCAGAAUGGUCUCCCACAUCUGUGCAGCCCAGUUGGAAAACAGUUUGGGAGUCUCAGACUGCUUCUUUGAGAGAAGGGGUCUUUAAGACUCCCAUUGAUGAACAACUUCUUAGUGCACUGCCUCAGGAGAGCCACACUGCUAGGGUUGCUUUCCUUUCACCCAAAUGUGUGCCCACUAGUAGACUGGCCUGUGUGGUGCAUCUUGCAGGUACAGGGGACCAUACUUUUGAGCGAAGGUUGCGCCUAGGUGGACCAUUACUGAAAGAAAAUAUCGCAACUAUGGUCCUUGAGAGCCCUUUCUAUGGGAAAAGGCGUCCAAUGCUACAACGCGGUGCAAAGCUAUUGUGUGUGAGUGAUCUGCUUUUGCUAGGAAGAGUCACUAUCGAAGAAGCCCGGAGUCUACUGUAUUGGCUAGACCACGAGGCUGGUUUUGGCAAACUGGGUGUCUGUGGACUUAGUAUGGGUGGAGUACAUGCAGCCAUGGUAGGAUCAUUGCACCCUACACCCAUUGCCAUACUCCCCUUUCUGUCCCCACAUUCAGCUGUAGUGGCAUUCUGUGAAGGGAUAUUAAAGCAUGGGACUGCUUGGGAAGCACUGAGAAAUGAUCUUGGUGUGCAGCAGCAGGAGGAGGAGAAGAUUGCCAUGUCGCUCGAGGAAGCACGAGAGCGCAUGCGCAACGUGUUGUCUCUCACAGACGUCACGCGCUUCCCCAUCCCCAAGAAUCCAAACUCCGUCAUAUUUGUCGCAGCCACGGAUGAUGGAUACAUCCCAAAACACUCUGUGUUAGAACUACAGAAGGCAUGGCCUGGCUCAGAAGUGAGAUGGGUUACCGGAGGGCACGUCUCGUCUUUUCUCCUCCAUAAUGGCGAGUUUCGCAGGGCAAUCGUCGACGGGCUCAACCGAUUACCAUGGAAAGAAUCUCUAAUGUGACACCCGCAGAAGCUUCGGUAAGAAGCCCGAAGCGUGCCCGUUGUGUGAUUGGGUAGCUAAUAACCUCUGGUUGUUUACUACCACUUCUUCAACUGUAAACUAUAUAAAUCUGAGCUAACCAACUCUCUAAUCUUUGGUCAACAUUUGGAAAACAGAACAUGAUCAGUUUAUAUUUAAGUACAUUUGUUUAUAGAAAGAUUCUGAAAGUUCAGUACCAGUUUAUCAUUAUUAACUCUAUUGUUAUGAAUUAAGUAUUCCCUUCGUCUCUAAAAGAUUGCCACAAUUUGACUUCUUUGGUCAAAUUAUGGCACCUUUUGACCGCAAAUUUUGGAAAAAAUAUAUUUAGUUAUAAUAUAAAUUUAGUAAAUAUGGGGUAAUUUU